GUUUUAUUUUGAAGGACAAAAUGUUUCGCGUUCUCUUCCGGGGAAGACCAACGGCUGUGGUCGCAGCAAAGAUGGCGGCAGGCAGCGUACACACCGGUGAGGCAGAUGGAGACCUGAAAACGUCAAGAUCGAGAGACGCCUCGGUGUCUUUACCGAAACACUCCUACUGGUUUGACUUCUGGGCAUUUCUGCUCUUCGACAUCGUGUUUUUUCUCUUCAUGUACUUCAUAGUCCCGUAAAACAUGUAAGUGAGGGUUGGAGAACCGGGGAAGGUUCGAGUUAAUGUUUUCUACUUUGGAGGGCGUUACCGGAAUAAAACCACAACUUUGUUACCGCUCUGUAUGAGGCGGAUUUCGCUUUUUUAGGCUAUUGUUAACACGUUAAUAUCUCACUUCAUGUUCAGAUUGAAGGUUUCCACACAUUCAACCCUGGAACACUGUCGCUAAAAUAACACCAUCACUGCAUUUACCCGAAAUAAUAUACCCAAGAAAAAGUACUGACAAACUAAAGUAGUUUCCUUUAAUUCUUACCUGUGCAAUGUCCAAAGGGAGGAUAAAAAAGUGCAAUAUAUGCAGUCUCUAUACAUCGACUGUAUAUGGAAUGGACGUCGUCUGCCUCGUCGCUGGGUGAAGCCACCGCGAGAGGAAGGCCCACACGCGCACACACACACAUCUUAACAAACAAGCUAAAAAACACACACCUAUACAUACAAAGCACACAGCUACACAAGACUAGACUAUCUCACUACAGACAAGUAGUUUUCAAACAUUUCCAAUUUUUUAAGACCUCCAGAAAUGACAACAUAUUCUGGCAUAUUUUCAGAUACUUAAACAAGCAAGAUAGUAAAACCUAAUUUUUCCACCAGAGUGCGCUGCUGUUCUAAAAGGGGAAUAGAGGAUGCACUGAAUUCUUGCAUUGAGUGGUUGAGUGGAAGUAAAAAAAUCUUACUUUGUCGUUUUAAAUCACAUAUGCAUGAAAUUUGUGUAGAUUGUCCUAAAACACAUUGGAAAGUCAUAAAAUAAGAUCUGAGUGCUUGUUGUGUCUAAUGUUUACGGAGGAGGAUUAGGGCCACUAAAAAAACAACAACAAAAAAAGGUCCAGUAGAUAUAUAUAUUUUUAUAGUUAUUCUCAGAUAAGAGUAAGGAUGCUGUAGGAGAAAUAACAGACUCCUAAAAAAUAUCGAGAAUUUAAAAAAAGGGAAUUCUAAAAAAACUGAAUUCUAUAAGAAAACAGAAUUUAAAAAAAAUAAAAUUAAAAAAAAACAAUAAAAAACAGAAUUCUAAAAAAAGAAUUGAAAAAACAGAAUUCUACAAAAAUAGAAUAAAAAAACAGAAUACUAAAAAAAAAUUUAGAAUAAAAAUAAACAGAACUUUAAAAAAGAACAGAAUUUUAAAAUACAGGGUUCUAAAAAUACCCAGAAUUGAAAAAAAAAAAACAGAAUUCUAAUCAAACAGAGUUCUAAAAUAUACCCAGAAUUCUAAAAGAAAAAAAUCUGAGUUCUAAAAAAAUACCCAGGAUUCUAAAAAAAUAGAAUCCGAAAAAAAAAGAAAUAAAUACAAUAAAAAAUAGAAAAGUUAAAAUAGCCUGGUUGCAUAAAUAUGCACGCCCUUAAACCAAUACUUUGUUGCAGCACCUUUGGCUUUUAUUACAGCACUCCGUCUUUUUGGGUAGGAGUCUGUCAGCAUGGUACAUCUUGAUGUGGCAAUAUUUGCCCACUCUUCUUUGCAAAACCGCUCCAAAUCUGACAGAUUGCGAGGGCAUCUCCUGUGCACAGCCCUCUUCAGAUCACCCCACAAAUGUUAGAUGGGAUUCAGGUCUGGGCUCUGGUUGGGCCGUUCCAAAGUCUCAUGCCGCGUCCGAACUGCCCGCUCGGAUACUACAUGCUACUGCUACGUGCUACUGCUAGAUCCUACUCCUACAUACUAAAAACGUUGGCCCAAUUCGGACACACUAGACGAGCGGUGGGGAAAGACGACCCCCGCAGGCAGAGAGUAGGUACUGCGCCCGUGCAGACAGUGGUAACUGAAGCCCCUCAUCUGCGGGCCUAGCUGUAGUACUGCAGCUGUGCAGUUUAAUGAUGGAAUAAGUGAGCUUUACCUCCAUGAUGUCGCCACAUAUUUGCUCAUAAAAUGAUUACUUGGGCAAAUAUGACACCAUGACAUGACAAAGAGAUACAACCGCACAUUUUUUAGGACAGUGUGUGAAGUUACAUGAAACUUACAUCUGUACUGCUGCGGUCCCGCCUGCUGCUGAUCCUGCUCCGACAUGGUGCGCGCUGCUGUGGCCAGCCGGCGUUCGCGACGCAUCUUAAUAGGCAGCAGCUGGUGGCGCUAGCAUCACAUGCGCUUCUACAACUUUUAAGAGGACGAAGAAGAAGCCCGCGGUGCAUUUUGGGUCAGUAGCAUGCCCGUAGGAUGCACUGAGACCAACCUACAAUGUGGGCGUGUCUAGCAUCUGAAGUAGUAUCUGAAGUAGCAUGCUACUCGCUCCGGUGGCCAAUUCGGACAUGCUAGAUACUACUUCGACUACUUCUUCAACUACUACUUGGCAAUUCGGACGCAGCUACAAUCUUAUUCUUAAUCUUACGGCAGGGGUGCAUUCUACGGCACAACACCCGACAAGUUUCUCGCCUUGAGCGUCCACCGCAACAAACGCUGCUUCUUCGCAGUAAAAUAAAGAAACAGGGUUUAGGGCGCUGGACGCCCCCUACUGGUGUGGCGAGUUCAGAAUGGCGCAUGCAUGACGAGCGCGGUGCCUGCACAGGAGGUGCCGCGCUAUCGCGGGUGCACACCAACCUAUUUGUAGCCGGGUGACUCGUGCCCCCCCAGGGAUGGCUCCGCACACUUUGAGAAAUGCUGACUUAAAUCAUGUAUAACUGGUUUGACAAGUUGACAUUAAAAACACACACUACACCUUUCUUUGUUUAUGUUCAUGUAUUUCUCACUAUGCAAAUUAACUGUCAAGAAAGUUUUAUUUAUCAAAGACAAAGAGAGCAUCUCUCUAAACUGUCCCUCUACUUUAUCUCUUUUAGAAGCGUUGCCCAUGAGCAUCUGAUUUUUUGACUUCAACUGACAGGGUUUAUGAUAUCCUGGCAGAGGGCUGAAUUGGUUUCUUUUCUAUCAAACAAGAGUGGCAAGAAGUGUUACAACCAUCCCCGGUCCUCCCUAUAUGGACACACAAUGUUGUUACUUUGACCUGAGAAAUACAGACAACUAAGUAAGUCUGGAUCAGUGACAAAUGAAUCUUAAAUUAUCAGAUGAAUACCACAACCUUAGAACAAAAAUAUUGGACAUUUCCACCAGAUUUAUUUUACCGUAAUCUUAAUCCCAAAUCAUUGUCAUCUAUAAAUAUCAUAAAACCUUAAAUCUGUUUUCAGAUGUUUUCCCCUCGUGUGUUACCAGGUCACACGAUUUACAAGCAGGGAGGCAUAAAGAGCAUGUUCAGUUCAGUGUUGUUGUCUAUAACAGUGAAAGGCAGAGAAUGUACAUAGGUAGAUCAUUAUCAAAAAGGAAUCUGUAAAAUGAAGGUAAAUGACGGCUACCUGGGAGUCGUGCUCAGAUUGAAUCUUAGUGCGGGGAAUACUUGAUCAUUAUCGCCUUUUUUACCACACAGACAGCAGUCUGAUGAGGAGAAAAACAUUUGUGGAAAUGUAUUCAGCAUGUAUGUGGUAACAUGGCGCCAUACCUGCACCUGCACCCAUGCUUACCUGCUGCUGCACCCAUAACCUUAUUUAGCAUCCAUUACGGUUACAGCAAUGCCUUUCAUGAUAUCCAAAAGCAAACAAAGCUAGAAACGAGAUCUUAAUUUCUAAUGCCUGGAAAUGGUACAAGAGGGGAGGUGUCAGUCUAGCAGCUAAACAAACAACCCUUUUUUUUAUUAUUAUUAAAAGUAUUCACGUAAAAUGAUCAAUUUGAUGGUCAAAAAUCAGCAGUAGAGGACAAGAUAAGCAAACACCGCUCUGUCCACAGAGGAGCCAAAUCUAUGUCGAGUUCCUGACAGGAGCAGCAAUUAGAAAAGUUGUUACCCUUUAGUUCUAAAUUCAAGAGGAACCAUUUUGUAACAAAUAAUCAGAUGUAAUUAUUAAUCAGAUAUAUUAUGUAGAUAAACAGGUAUUUAGAUGUCAAAAGCCUUUUUUCCCCCCUUUUAUUUAUAGUUAGGACUGAAGCUGGGGAAAAGAUGUAUUUUCAGUACAGAAGUUCACAUCAGGUUUUUAGGGAUGUUCUUUUUUUUGCCUCCCUGAAGCAACAAGGGAACUUGUUUGUCACUGAAGUGCAAGGGUUAAAAAGUUCAUAUAGAGCCACACUAAUAAUAGGUGAGCUGUCAGCUCUCUGAUUCAGGUAUUAAACCUGCUGCCAGUGUCACUCCCUGUGCCACAGAGGACCGUUCAAUAUUGCUUCUGUCUAAAUUUUGCACAUUCGAUUUUGGCUCUGUCUCUUUUCAGGUAAGAGGGAAAAGUACUUUUUAUUUCUAUUAGCUAUUAAUUCUGGCAUUUUUGAAUGUCUAACCUGACAUUAUGACAUUUUAUGCACAGUAAAUCAAUUCAAAUACUUCAAAUUAGCUGUAUAAGAAAUUAAUAAUGUUAUGUGGAAGUGGUCAUAUACAGCAUUCCCAUGUUAAGGUCCAAUGAUACCAAAGAUCCACACUUUCGUGAGACCCAAGAAUCAGAGACAGAGAGAAGAACCACAUUUAAAGGAAUUUAUGGUUGGCAUGGAGGUUUCCACUAACUGUCUCAGGCCUAUCUUGAGCAUCCUACAACAUAACAGUGACAGGACAUUGUGCAUGGCAAACCAUGUACUCUGCAACUGCAUUUUUGGAAUUACAUGGAUUUUCAGUUUUUCAGCCAAAUUUAAUCAUUUGCAGAAUGUAGUCUGGGGCAGGUUUGCAACAUUCAGGUAGAGUGGUUGGGCUCAGUGACCUGUUAGCCAUGUCUUUUUUCUAUCCAAAUUUCACUGGGUCGAAUGUUGGUGGAAGAUGCCCGUCAACAUUUUGCCACGAAGCAGCUUGAAAGUGGGCCCUCUUGACAUUCUCAAUAAACGAUUCCCUGAUACGUGGUAGUGCAGCUAGGUCUGGAGCAGAUGUAUGUCCUUUCCCAUUUUUUUCCCCCUAAACUAGAAGUCUAGUGUGUGACAUGUCGUGGCUUUUCUGUAUGCCAUAACAGGCUGAUAUGAAUGCAGUGGCUUGGUCAAUUACUUUCUGGAAUGGUGCAUUUAUGUCUCCCAUAGCCGAUAGAUCGUAGCCAGCUUUCAGGACUUUAAUGACUGAGCCUUUUCCCAACCCAUAGAAGGAUGUUACAGCGUCACAUCCUGAAAUGGCACGGGCUGGUAAAAUGUUCUAGGCAAUUAGUGGAUCCUUUGCCAAUGUUGACUUUAUGUCAACUAUUGCCUUUUCCUGGCUCGGGGGUUCCAUAGUGAGAGAUACAUCCAGUCCUGACUGUUGAUAGUGGUAAAGGAGGAGGACAAACACAUCUGUGUCAUCCGAAACCACAGAGAUUUUGUGGGCUUCUCAAGCACACACAAGGACUUGUUGGGCAAUGAUUGUGUCAAGGAAUCAACACAUUAAAUGAAAUAGUUACAAAAUGUGUGAGGUUAGAAAGAGUGAAAACACUUACCAAAUCACUGUCAUCCUAGAAAAUAACUUGUGCAUCCACACACAAACAGUCUUAGCUCAUGAUGAGGAGAAAUAGCUAAUUCCCUGCUAGCUUAUCAGUUGAAAAAGCAGGAACAAGUUACACAUGCAGGAAUUGUGUUUUUCUUGUACACAGUUAUCAAUUGAUAAUGUGUAAAUAAAACAGCAUAAUAAAAAUACCAUAAUUCAGGCUAAAUUAGUCAAUUCCCACCCAAAGCAAUGAAAGAAGAGAUGAAGGAAUAAAUAUGUAUUAAUUUCUACAUCUACAUAUUCCCUAGCGGGGGAAUAUGUAGAUGUAGAAUAUGUUCUGUAGAUGUUUUUGUACAAUAUGCUCAAGAUGGAGGGCCUGAAAGGGUUAAAAUGCAUUCAUUCAUUCAAAAGGAAACAUGCUUUACAUGACCAGUUCCACUAUUAGACUUUGUAGAAAGCAGAUCUAAUGCAUUUGAUUUGAUUUCUGUGCAUGUACAAUAUCACGGUUUAAAGAUUAUGUUGUUCUGGGCAGGAAGGGGUUAAUAUUAAAGAAUGCAUACAUAUCAAAUCUAAUGCACUGUAAACAUCCAUUUACAUGGAUACAAACUGUAGAAAGCAAAUUUUAUGCAUUUAGAUCAGGUAUUGUGCAUGAAAUACCAUAGAAGUCUAUUUUGGGUGAAUUUUUAGUGUUUUGGGCAUUAAGGGGUCAAUAACAAAAAAUGCUCAAGGGAUUUCACUGGGCACCCUCUUGAAUCCUUAAGAGGGGACCCCCUGCAGCAAGAAUCAGUUGAGAAAAAAACUUUAACUGACGAAACCACAUUCAGCCAAAAAUCACCCUUUGGCUCCCGGACUAUGAUGAGAGCUGUCAGAGCGGACUCCUAUAUGUUUAGCGUUUAACUGACUGAGUUUUGCAACUGUGUUCGUCGUUUUCGUCUCGUCCCGUCAACGUAGACGCACUUUCGUCUCGUCACAUUUUAGUCAUCUCCGACUUAUGUUUAGCUCGUCAACGUUACGUCUUCGUCGUGGAAGAAAAGGGAAAUAUUUUCGUCAACGAAAACAACCAGUGUUGUUCUCGUUGACAAAAAUAUUUCCCUUUUUUGACACUGGCGUUGACGAAAAUAUUUAACGAAAUAUGACAAAAACAACACUGCUUCGAAUGUAAUUUGAUCCUAAUGAGUACAAAGUAUAAUUAGCAUGUUAAAAGGAUGUAAGUAAGAAGUUCUAUUUAUUUGUCAAAUGAUAUUAUUCUAUUACUAGAUAUACUCAAGUAGUUUAAAAAGUAAAGAAAUAUGAAAUUAAUGAAAUGAAAUGUUAUUGGUCAAUUUGUUGUAUAAUUGAGUAAGACUUUCUAUUUCAGGUAAAGUUGAAAGUAUUUUCCUCUGAAAAACCUUCCUGUUGUGUUAGUUUCUCAUUAAAACGCAUUAACACUCAGUUUUUAUUUUUAAAAUCAAACAAAAUCUCUCAUACUUAACUGUUACAAAUUAGAAGGUAAUAAAUAUCAGAAAAUUACAACUUAAACUGUUUGGUAGUUCAUAGAGUUGUUCUCAUACUGCGGUACUGUGGGGGAGAAAACCUGACUGCAUCUUUUCCUCAGUUGUUUUCUUUGGUAUGGUUUUUAAGAGAUCAUAUUUGAUGCAAGGUGUGGCGGGUUAAUAACAGGGAGUAAAUACCUACAGCCGAGGCCACCUUCAGUGUAUUUUGAUAACCUUGCCAUUCCGUAUCAGAAUAAAUGUCUAACAAUACAAGAUCUUUAUUUAUUUACUUAAGAUGCCAAAUUUUGUGACUGCAGAUCUUCUCUGUCCUUUCCACAGCGUGCCAAGAUGGCCCCCCGACUCACACCCACAAAGUGUAUUUUCUAUAUGUGUAUCCUGACCGUUAGCCUGCUGUUUCUGUACUCACUGACGCUGUCUUUCCAUUUCUUCAAUCUGGAGUCUGUGGGCAAAUGUUGGAGAGUCAGGGGUCUAAGUCUUUGGAAUAAAGUCAAAUCACCUCCUUAUGUCUUCAUGUCAAAAGAUACCAACGUUACUGAUGACAUAUUCAACUGGUGGAAGGUAAAAGUCGACUUAAUUUUACAGAUACAGCCACAAAGUCUGCACUUCUUACCCUGUGCCCCUCAACAGUGUCUUCAACCCUGUGGGGUGUGAGACUGGAGAGGGUCUUGAUUCUCCGUUGUUGUUCUUUCUUAGCUGUUGGGCAUCAGCAUCAGUGUGAGGGAUUUUUUUUUUGGGAGGAUGGGGCGCUAUGUCUCCUGAGCCAAUAAUAAGUAACGUAACAAGUGACAUGAAGUCCUAGAAAAGUUGAUAAUCUGUCUAUUUAUGGUCAUUUCACAGAUCCUAGAUUGAGAUCAUCAGGAGAGAGAUGAGAUAUUUCAAAGCUGAAAAACACAUUUGAUUUACACCCUGAACGCAGUAAAAACAACCGCUGUCCCAACCCUUAGCAUGGCGUCAAAAGAGGACAGCCACCACAGGAACAUGCUGUUUUGUUCUUUUUAAUCCCUUCGAUAACGACACUCCUAAGUGCACUACCAACAAAAGCACACAAUGAGGAAAACCCUGGGGCAAAAGUGCAGAUAUUAGGGCAGUUUCAGUCUGUGUUUACUGUGAAUUGUUCAAUACCAUUACCAUGUCUGAUACAGUAUUUUUAUUAACUGGGAUUUUAUUGAAUUAUCAGGGUUUUCUGUUCAUAUUUUUUUAUUUUAUAGUCUUAAAACUUCACACCUUACUUCAGGGUUAAGUCCAAACAACAGUACCUUUCUAUUGCCAGAGCCUGUUCUAAGCCACAGGCUUUAGUUGCUCAGUAGCUGUUACUACGAGGGUUUAGGCCAAUCAGACACAAGUAUGUCACACAUCCUGGUAGAUAGUGGGGAACUGGUUAAUAAAGUACUAAUAAGAGCAUGCAAGAAAUGUAUGAAGUAUAAAGUAUAAAGAUAUAAAACGUUAUGUACAAUGCUAUGUACAAUAAGUAUAAAAGGUUAUGAAAGGCUCCCUCCUCAACAUGCUCCCUCCUAAAUUGAUGCUCCAAAAAAAACAGGUGUAUCAGCUUGAGGUUUCGCAAGCUGUAUUCGCCACACGUCAGACAUGAAAGCUGGCAGUUAGUGUAGUUUAAUAAUCAUGAGGCACUGAUGCAUUUUGUUGGUUGGUUGGUUGGUUGGAGUAGGAUGAAUAAAAAUAUAAUUAAUCAUACUUUCCUCUCUGUUACAGAAAAUACAGGGUUCGAAGAGAAACUUCACUUAUUUUAAGGAGACAGUGACAGAGUCUUUCAAGUUGAUCCCACCCGUUUCAGAUGCUUUUAAACCCCGUCCUGGUCACUGCAGGACUUGUGCCGUAGUUGGUAACUCUGGUCAUUUGAUUGCAUCACAUUUUGGAUCUCUGAUAGACAGUCAUGAUGCUGUGAUAAGGUAAUCCAGUCUAACAGUGUUAAACAGUGAUCUCUUAAACAUAUCAAGUUUCAUUAACUGCAUGAUGAUAUAUUAAUUACCUUGCUUCAUUUAGAAUAAACAGAGGUGUAGUAGAAGGCUACGAAGAGGAUGUCGGGUCCAAGAUAACUCAUCGUGUCUUGUAUCCAGAGAGUUCUCCUCGAGUGAAAAACACCACCAAAAUUUUGUUUUUUCCAUAUAAAGUUAGAGAUUUCGAUUGGCUUCGUCAACGCUUCAAUUCAGAGUAAGUGAAUAAAAGAGGAGAGCUGGUACUCACUCAAUGUUUCAGGGCUGUCCUAAACAUACAGACAUGACAAUAACUGUCUUUUUGGAAAAAUGAAAUAAUGAUAUUAAAAUUAAGCACACAGUAAUACCCAGAGUUCAUUGUGUAGGUCUCUGAGUAAGCACAUCUGUACUUGGUCACCAGCUCAUUGUUUCUUUCAUUUAACGUUUAAUAUCUCCACCAACAGGGAUCCAAAAUGGAAACUGAACAAGGAUAUGGUGGGUAUUUAAUCAUAUCAAUCACUGCUGUGUGUUCAAUACGAAGGAUUUUCACUUUUCAGGUUAAGAAUACCUCUGACUCCUUACAGGUGACGGUCCUUCAUCCAGCUUUCAUGAAAUAUGUUUAUGACGUUUGGUUGGACAGCAGAGCCGGGUACGGGUCUACUGGUUUCAUGACUGUGAUUCUCGCCUUGGCAGUUUGUGAUGAGGUAGGUUUCAAACCACACAACAGGUUUUUGUGCUUUACAGUUGAUAGUUGGUGGUAGUCAGUUUACAUCAGCAGUCCUACUGAAACUGGACUUUUAGAAUACACAUUAACCCCUGCAGACCCGCUUUCUUUCAGCUGGGCAAAACAUUUUUUUUCAAAACUGAUUCAGACUAGAAUUUCUAGAAGACGUUAUUUUGAUCCAGCUGACUAAAAAUUAUGAUUGAGAGACUACAAGACCCGGUUGGUAUAUCAGGGACAGCUCUGAAAUGGUUAGAUGUUAAGUGUCAGUAGGAGAGCGUGUUUCCCCAUCACUCUGGAGUGAAUGUGGAGUCCCUCAAGGGUCAAUACUGGGACCAGUUUUUUUCUAUCUGUGUGCUGAAACUUGGUCACAUAAUACAGAGUCGCAAUAUUUUAUUUCAUAGCUAUGCUGAUGACACUAUGCUGUAUCUGUCUGUAGAACAAAGCUACAGGCAGAUAGAGCUGAAAAACUGGAUGGAAACCUGACAAAUUAGACAAAAGUGUAAUACUCUUUACUGGUCAGAGAAGUUAAACCAGUCCUCCCUAAGAGCCUAACCCCAAUUUCUACCGCAUCCGGAACAGCUACGAAAAGGCCGUAUCUGCCAAUCGUAACUGAUUGUAACCAUUCAAGUUAAUGUGUCAAUUUCCACCGGCUUCUUUCCGUCCCACAACGGAUCGCUGGACUCCGCAGAUGAUCGCAAGAGUUUUGUUUUUUCUGGACACCGGAGCAUAGCGGAUAAAUUCAGCACAGACCAAUGCGUGCUGGAAAGGAAGUCGACCACAGACACAAAAUAAAACAUCCAGCUUCCUUUCAAAAUAAAACAAUCCGUGUUUCAGGUGGAUCGAAUUUCACACCAUGCAAACGGGCGGGGACAAACAAGUGAAAGGUUUAUAGACAGCAUUUUACCCCGAUGACACCACGAAUGAGGAGAUGCUGAUUUUAUAAGUCCAGAAGUGGAUUCCCUCCUCUGGAAGGACACAAUCUACUGCUUAUAUGGUUAGCCUAUGUGGCAAAGAGACAACUAUUUAUCGCUUGAUUGCACGUGAAUCCGCAGUGAGUUCUCGCGAUUCCUGCUGUCCAUAAUCCGCCACGAACUUCACCUCACAAACGCACCCGGUAGGAAUUGGCGUACCGCAAAAAUGGGUCCAGUGGGAUUCCUGGGUAAGAAACCCGGGGGAUACUUUUGACAACAGCCUCACUUUUCAGGAACAUGCAAACACAGUAAUCCAAUCGUGCUCUCGCCAUCUUGGAAAUAUUGCCAUAAUAAGAUCUGUGCUGAAUUUCAUUGACACCCUAAUAGUUAUUCAUGUAGUUGUCUUUUAACAGGAAUAAAUCAGAAUUAAGUAUCUUAUUUUAAAUUACUUCUGAAAAUGUAUUUUUAUCGAAAGUUUUCUGAGUUUUUCCGUAAACAACAAAUCAAAGUUGUUUCUCAUGCUGUUUCAUGUUUGUGUCCCCAGGUCAGCGUAUUCGGCUUUGGAGCAGACGCUGACGGAAACUGGAGUCACUACUUUGAAAAGGCCAAAUUUGAAAGACUAGGAACUGGACUUCAUUCAGGAAAGCGUGAAUAUCGCACUCUUGAACAACUGCAUGUGGAAGGACAAUUAAAAUUUUUCAAAAAGCUCUAAUACAGGGACUUGUUUUUAGGUGUGACUGAAAUGAGGGUACAUGUAUUAUUAGCAGAGUGAAGAAUCAUUGUCCCAACAAGAUCAGUCUGUGCUGAGAAAGAUAAGUGACACAAUAAAAGUCUGAUCGAUAAAGGUAUGGAAGGAUAUUGGGUAUUAGUAUAAAUUUUGUAUUUACAAUUUAGGUUUCCCUGUGACUGAAGAUGGGCUUAUGUAACUCUCCUUUGGCUAUGGUUCUAUAUUUAUUUUGUUUUUUGGUGUACAGGUCUGUCAUAUGAGAUGUAAUCAAAGUAUCCACUGUGUUUGUUAAACUGUUGCUGGAACCGCCUUUAAUACAUCCUGUCAUAGAAAAAAAUUAUAUUCACUUUCUGAACUGAUUUAGUUUAUGUGUGGCCAGACAGCUCGAGCAGCCGGGGGGAAAAGUUAGAGACUUGUGCACUGUAAUGAAUCUCAAAGCUCCAUGGUAAACAGCAUCCAGAGAAUGAAGGCUUUGAAAUGAUGCAUACUAUAUAAAACAUCUCUUGGACAAAUCAUAGAGAAUGUACGAUGUGGUUGUGAAAUAAAGAGUGUGUCAGAGACA